AUGAUUUUAGCGCAUUGCAUGUGGUUCAACAGACGAAAGAAAUACUAUACUACAAAAUACCUGCAAAAACAUUCUGCGUUGUUCGAUCAGUUGGAUCUCGUCACAUAUGAAGAGGUCAUGCGAUUAUCGCAGUAUCGACGGAAAACUCUUGUACUACUGGGAGCACAUGGUGUGGGACGACGACACAUCAAAAAUACACUUAUUCAUCGGCAUCCGAAUAAAUUCGCGUACCCUAUACCUCAUACCACAAGGCCCCCGCGAAAGGAAGAAGUUGAUGGAAAACAUUACUUUUUUGUCUCCAAUGAUCAAAUGCUCAUUGAUAUUCAAAACAAUGAGUACCUCGAAUAUGGUACCCAUGAAGAAAGCAUGUACGGCACGAAGCUGGAGACGAUUCGUAAUAUACAUAAAAGUGGCAAAGUAGCUAUACUGGAUGUAGAACCACAGGCACUAAAGGUGAAUCACUUCCAAGCUUUCUUUACAUAG